ACAAAACUCCAGAACCUUCUCUGGAAGGAUAGUGGAGAACUCUCGGUAACAGAGGUACAGAUGUUCAGGGCUGGAGGAGCCUCGGACGGCCAAGAGUCCGGGAAGGCUGCUGUGGGUUCUGUCCUCCCGUAAGCACUGGCCCAGGACUGCGGUACAGCCAGGCUUCCUGAGCAUUCUGGUCCAACACUGUGCCAGCCCCCCAAAGCUUCCCUUGCCCCCAUACCCCUGCAGGAGGACUGGGUCAGUCACCCAUAGUGUGGGUGGUGGAGGAACCAGGUUAGAGUUCCUGGAGAACGCGUGGCCAGUGUGGUGUCAGGGGAGAGUGUGUCCCAGGGAUGGCCGCAAGGCCAAGGACUGGGUCAGAAAUGGGUCUGGGAUUGGCUCUGCACUCAGGCAUCUGGGCAGGAACCUGGACAUGACCGACGUGCUCCUUCCUGCUGGGGCGGCUCUGCUGCAGCUCCUCUGUCCCGUGCUGGCUGCCCAGCUGCGCGGGGCGGAGGGGACACAUGUGCAGGUCUGUGCUGAGUGCUUCUCAUUGCAGACGGUGGAGCACGGCUUCCCACACCAGCCCAGCGCCCUCGGCUACAGCCUGUCUCUGCGCAUCCUGGCCAUUGGCACCCGCUCCGGAGCCAUCAAGCUCUAUGGUGCCCCUGGGGUGGAGUUCAUGGGGCUGCACCGGGAGAACAACGCUGUGGUACAGAUCCACUUCCUACCUGGCCAGUGCCAGCUGGUCACCCUGCUGGAUGACAACAGCCUGCACCUGUGGAGCCUGAAGGUCAAAGGCAGCGUGUCAGAGCUACAGGAAGAUGAGAGUUUCACACUGCGUGGUCCCCCCGGGUAAGGACACGGUGCCCGUCCUCUCCCAGCCAGCCUGACCUGCACACCCAGCUCCAGGGUGGAACCACCCUGUAAAGGUC